AAUUAAUCUUGUAGCAACCGUUUAUUAAGCAGCAAAUAUUUAUUGCUAAGAAAAAAUCUGCACAAUGCGUGGCAAGACAUUAUUUAUAUUUUUAGUCAUUUUGAUUUUAGGCAGCGGAGUGUCCAGCUUUUCAAAUAGAAAUUUGACGAGGACUAAAAGAUUUGAAAAUGAUGACGAUUGUAUUCUUCCAAAUCACCCAGAAAAUGGAAAACUCUAUUUGCAUUCUGGAUCUUAUGUUCCGAUGAGUGUAGUUAGCACUGGUACCUUAAUAAGAUUGGAAUGUGAUGAUGGCUAUGGCUUAACUUCCGAUAAAAUGUAUUCAACUUGUCUUCAUGGAGAGUGGAAUGAAACUCUGGAAUGCAAACAAUCUUGCAAAUCAAUAUCAUCAUCAAAAUCUAUGACAGUUAAAUGCACAUAUCAGAAUAAAACUAGGGACUGUGAAAAAGCUAUUGAAGGUACAGUACUAAAUUUCUCAUGUGAACCCUUUUAUGAAAAUUCAGGCUUGGAGCUUUGGAGUGACUGUGUAGGUGGUUUUUGGAAUCAUGAACCCAAAUGUACACCAGUGUGCGGCCAAAAGACUGCACAACGUAUAAAACUUUCGGUGGGAGGUGAAAAAACUGUAAAGGGAGACUAUCCAUGGCAGGUGGCACUUUUUAAAAAUAUUGACGGAUCUUUUAUAAAUAUAUGUGGCGGAUCAUUGUUAAAUGAAAGGAUUAUAUUAACCGCUGCUCAUUGCAUUGCUACUGAACCUAUGGAAAAAUUGAAGGUUGCAGUGGGAAAAUAUCAUCGGACCUUGGACCACCCAGAUGAUAUUUACGUACAAAUCAGUAAUGUUUCGAAAAUUUGGUUUCCGAGUAUUUACAAAGGCUCUCUAAACUAUUACAUUGGUGAUAUAGCUUUGCUUCAAGCAAAGACACCAUUCACUAUGUCUAAACACGUUCAACCAAUUUGUUUUGAUAAUUCAAAUAUUUUGAUUUUAGAACCUGGACAAUCUGGAGUUGUAACGGGUUGGGGCUACACCCAACGUGGUGGACAACCAUCUGAUGAAUUGCAUGAGAUUACGAUUCGGUAUGAAGAUAGUACAUUGUGCAAGACAAGAUUACCCUCAGAUUUUGUUAAACUAUUCUUUGGAUUCGAUAAAUUCUGUGCUGACUAUUACAAUAGCAAUAAGGCUUUAUGUGAAGGUGACACUGGUGGUGCUUUGGUUUUCAGACAUACUGAUGGCAAAUAUUAUGUGAAAGGAAUUGUGAGCAAUGCACCAAGAGUUAGUGGUAGCUGUGAUAUUCAACAGUAUGCCCUGUUUACAAAUAUUGACAAAUACACUGAUGACGUGAUAAGAUUUAUUAAUCAAUAUUCGUGAUUUUUAUUUCUAUUUUUAUUUUUUAAUAAAUUGAUUAAAACAUAAAAUAUGGUGUUAGUGCCAUCCUUCAAAAUAGGGCCAUAUCAAAUUUCAUAAAAAAGUGUAUCUAAAUAUAU